CUAACCGCCCCCCUCCCCUUUUCCUUCUCUUCCCCGCGCCUCCUCCGAUUUUUUUCUGGGAUCCGCGAUGGGGAAGGAGCAGGAGCUUCUCGAAGCGGCGCGGACGGGAAACCUGGCCGCAGUGGAGAAGCUUUUAUCCGGGAAGCGACAGUCAGCUGGCACCGGCAGCGGGUCGUCUGGGACCGGUGGAAGUGGCAACAGCGGCGGCCACGGAGCCUCCUCUCAUCCGCUCUCCAGUCUGCUCAGUAUCUGGAGAGGCCCCAAUGUGAAUUGUGUGGACAGCACUGGAUACACCCCCCUCCACCACGCCGCCCUCAAUGGACACAGCGAGGUGGUGGAGGCGCUGCUACGGAACGAGGCCUUGACCAACAUCGCCGACAACAAGGGCUGCUACCCUCUCCAUCUGGCCGCGUGGAAGGGAGAUGAACAUAUCGUCAAACUGCUCAUUCACCAAGGACCUUCACAUCCCAAACUCAACGAGCAGAGCUCUGUAGACCAUAAAGAGUUCAAACGCUGUGGGCCCUUUGACCCCUAUAUUAAUGCCAAGAACAACGACAACGAGACACCGCUGCACUGUGCUGCUCAGUAUGGCCACUCGCAGGUGGUGCGGCUGCUGCUGGAGGAGUUGACAGACCCCACCAUGAGGAACAACAAGUUUGAGACUCCACUGGACCUGGCAGCGCUGUAUGGCCGCUUGGAGGUAGUCAAGCUGCUGCUCAGCGCCCACCCCAACCUGCUCAGCUGUAACACCAAGAAACACACGCCGCUGCAUCUGGCCUCCCGGAACGGGCACCUGUCUGUGGUGGAGGUGCUGCUGGACGCUGGCAUGGACAUCAACUAUGAGACUGAAAAAGGCAGUGCCCUCCACGAAGCAGCCUUGUUUGGGAAGGCAGACGUGGUACAGAAACUUCUCAGUGCAGGUAUCGACGUGAACAUCGUCGACCAGAAGGGCCUGACAGCGCUGGACACUGUCAAAGACAUGCCCUCCCAGAAGAGCAGAGAGAUAGUUGCUCUCGUCCUAGGUCACAUGACUGGAAAACCCCCCGACAUUGACCUUCCCCCUCCACCAAUCCCUCCGCCUCAGGAGAGCCCCAGCCCACGGAAGAAGGGCGAUCUGGAGAAGGUGAGUGAGUUGAUCUCGGGGCUGGCCCUGGGGCCCGAGGAGGAGAGCCCGUACGAGGCUCUGUUUGAAGCCACCUCUUGCCACUCUCUGGACAGCCUCACCAGCGGCAAGUCCUCUGACAGAGACUCCGGGCGGCCGGAUAGCGAAGCUGGCAAGAAAGAUCGCCUGGUCCACUCCUUACAUCCUGGGCCUGGUCAUGAAGAAGAGGUGAGCUCAGAGGCCCUGUAUACUAACAGCAGUAUUGAUGAGAGAGGCGAGCCGGUGGAAGAGGAGGAGGAUCACACAUAUGAGUUGUUGCUGACUGCACAGACCAAAGUCCCUCCGCCCAGCCACGAGUCCUACUCCCAUAAAGAUGAGAAUACCACUAUACAGUCUUCCAACAGUGUCCUACCUCAGCGUAAACCCACUGCCCCGAAUGACCUGAGAGCCCCAAGCAAGACGAAAGACACCCUGCACCCUCCUGGGCGGGCGGGCCGACGGGCAUCAGGAGAUAACUCCCAGCUCAGCCAGGAUCAGGGAGCAGGUGUCCCGGAGCAGUUCACUGGCCUCCUGCACGGAUCCUCUCCCGUCUUCGACUGCCGUGAGGAACCCUUCAGGCUUCCAGGUGUUCUGCCGCCCAACCAGGGACAGCCAGAGUCAAGAAAACCUGCCAAAGUAAAAGAGGAAGUAGCAGCAGCUGCACCACCGCCUAGCCGUCCCAGUAUGGCUGCCAUCCUGACAGACUGUGACCCUAAGGCAAUUUAUGCGACUGUGAACAAGGAGCACAGGGACUCUGGGGCUGGGGCAGUGUCUGGCGUUAGGAUGCGCCCUCCUGGGGACCUGAAACUGGCACGCAGUCUCUCCAAGUCUGACUCAGACUUGCUCGUGUCGCCUCCUAGUGAGGAGGAAGGAGGACUGGGAAACCGGAGCGAGUCUGUUUCUAACUGUAGCACUGGAAAGAAGAGGCUUGAGAAAUCUCCCUCUUUCACCUCAGAAUGGGACGAGAUCGAGAAGAUCAUGACACUGAUUGGUGCUGGCAUCGAUUUUUCCAGAGAUCAGCAAUAUGCUACACCAGGUGCUGCAGGCCGGCUGCUGGACCAGCCCGUGGGAGACUGGCUGGAGCACGUGGGGCUGCCGCAGUACGAGAGCAAGCUUCUCCUCAAUGGUUUCGACGACCUGCACUACAUGGGGAGCAAUGUCAUGGAAGACCAGGACUUGAGAGAGAUUGGGAUCACAGACCCGAGCCACAGGAAGAAGAUCCUGCAUGCAGCGCGUUCGUUACCUAAGGUGAAAGCGCUGGGCUGUGAUGGCAGCAGCUCCCUGUCCUCCUGGCUGGAGAAUCUGGGACUGCAUGAGUACUUACACAACUUCCUGGCCAGCGGCUACCGCACUCUGGACUGUGUCAAAAACCUGUGGGAACUGGAGAUUGUCAACGUGCUAAAGAUCACCCCACUUGGUCACAGGAAACGCAUCAUUGCUUCCUUAGCAGAGAGACCCUAUGAAGAGCCUCCCGUCAAACCUCCUCGUUUGUCUCAGAUCAGGUGCCAAGACCUGCCUGGAUCCCAGACCUCGUCUCCCCUCAGUCAGAUGGAGUCCUACACGGGACGCUCGAUGGACCCGCUGCUGCCUGCUGGAGAACCAGGGAGGAAAAAAGUGCCAAAUACCGACUAUGAGGUCACCCAAAGAUACCGCAGUGAACGACACAGAACUCAUGAACGGUAUGAAGAACGGCAUCGAGAGCCUCGCCUGACCUUGCGGCCGCCCAGUCUGGCAGCACCGUACACCCCGGUCCAGAACUGGCAUCACCAACCAGAGAAACUCAUCUUUGAAUCCUGUGCUUACGAAGCCAAUUACCUCGGUUCCAUGCUUAUUAAAGAUCUGCGGGGUACUGAGUCCACGCAGGAUGCUUGCGCCAAAAUGCGGAGGUCGACAGAACAAAUGAGAAAAGUCCCGACCAUCGUCCUCUCCAUCACCUACAAGGGUGUGAAGUUUAUCGACGCAGCCAAUAAGAACAUCAUCGCAGAGCAUGAGAUCCGGAAUAUCUCCUGUGCAGCCCAGGACCCCGAGGACUUGUGUACGUUUGCCUACAUCACCAAGGACCUGCAGACCAGCCACCACUACUGCCAUGUGUUCAGCACAGUAGACGUGAACUUGACCUAUGAGAUUAUACUGACCCUGGGCCAGGCGUUUGAGGUAGCCUAUCAGCUGGCUCUGCAGGCCCAAAGGACCAAACAGCACCAGAACCUUCCAGCGGGACACGGUUCAGAGGUCAUUGAGGGCAAGUCCGGCCGACCCGUACCCAAACCACGAGGCAGCGUGCGGAAGUCAGCGGGAGACAUUGUGGACCAGGAGGGGGAUGCUCAGUCCCAGAGCAGUGCCACGUGGCUCAUGGACCCCAAGGAAUCCAAGCGCACCAUCAGCACUAACUGAACACUGUGGCCACUCCCAGCCAGUAAGAAACGACAGGAAUGAGCCCUGUUGCAUGGUGGGUAGGAUGUUUUCUUUUUUUUUUUUUUUAUUGGAAAGGUGACCCACUUCCCAUGCAGCAGAUCGCAUCACCAGUUGGAUCGUUCUCGCAGCUCGCCACAGUAAGACACGGGCCCGGAGACAAACAGACGUAAAGCUUUCAUCACUGCACGCUCCAUCGGUUCAUCUGACCUCACCGACUUCAUCAGACACACAAACACACACACACACACACACACACAAAAACCUCUGUUUAGCUUCCUGUCCAUCAGAAAAUGAUGCUUGUCCCAGCCAGAUGUUUUUGUUAUGCUCUGUGCAUUUCCUGAGGAAUGAAUCGUUGGCUCUUCUCGGCUGUCAGUCUUACAGGCCUCCCUCACAGGGAGCUCGUGUUUACUCUUUCAGGAGAUGUACCAGCAGGUUUCAAUGCAGAACUUGUAAUUAAAGUGGAAGUGGCUGAGAUGAGGAACGUAAUAAUUUUUUUUUUUAUGAUACAAAGGUACAAACUGUCAGUAAGAGACCUCACACUGUAGGUACACACUCCUUCCUGGAUUAUUUGUCCUGUAUCCAUCAUUGUAGCGUCUCUUGAUGACCGUCAGCCUCUCAUCCACAGUACACAUGCAUAGCUGUGAUAAAUGAUGUCAUCUUGCACAGGAGGAACUCUCUAACCAAACUCAAAGGGCAGAGGAACUGACACUACAAAGACUGUUUUAUAGUGGUGUUAACAGGGGGUGGCUUUUAUUUGAUUUGAAAGUUUUCUCUCUCUUUUUUUGUUUUUUUGGUAUGUUUUAAAUGUUUUUUAGGGCAAUGACGUGUCCUAAAGCAGGAACUGGAUCAGGUGUGGUUCACUGCAGCUCUGUCUCCUUCCCUGCCUCUUUGUUCAGUUAAUCUAGACAAGAUUAUUCACCAAACCUGCCAUGCAGGCUGGUACGUCUUUAGAUUUUAGCUGCAGAGCAGAACAAUAGGGCGCAGCAUGUCUCUCCUAGCUAACUCCCAGUAUGUUGACUGUUAAUGGUACUUUUUGGUCAGCUGAUGUGUAUAUGGGUACGUAGUUAGGUCGUUUUGAUUUAACUGUUGUUUAUGUGGUACGUUGUCAGGCCAGUACGAUAACUCUAUGGUACACUGUCUUCAGCUCGCUGGUGUCGGCACCUUCAGCCAUCAGCCUGGUCCCGGUCUGCUUUUGCACAUUGCUGAGGAUCAUGAGAGAUAUUCUGGGACUAAUCUGAUGACAACAAUGAUGAGAAUGAUAUUGUACAUGAAUUUAGCGGUCUGUAUUUUGAUACUUGAAUGAUUUUUGCUUUUAUAGAUAUCUAUAUAUAUAUAUAUAUAUAUAUAUAUAUGUAUAUGUAUGUAUGUACGUAUAAUUUUUGACGUUUGUCAAAAGAGAGAAAAGGACUAUGUCUUACAAAAGUUAAACAUAUCGUGAAUAAAUACCCUGUGAUUUAAAAAAAAAUAAAAUAAAAUAAAAAAAAUAAAGGCUGAGAAAACAAUGACUCAGAAGAGGGACCUCACUUCAGAAAAAAAGAUUGUAAAUAAUCUUGGGCUUCCAGUCUUUUUUAUGAUUAUUUUUCAUAAUUGUACAACUAAUAA